CGGGGCUCGGGGCUGGGCCCGCUGAGGAACCGCUCUGGCCGGUUCGGGGCGGGCUGGUUUGUGGGCUGGCAGCGGCAGGGGCUGAGGAACAUCGCGUGCUGCGCCGCCCGCGCGAGCUGCAGAAGUGGAGGAGCCGGCAGCGUGUGCUGAGCUUCGAGAAGCCGCGGUGCCCGUGUGCCGAGCUCGGGACUCAAACGCGUGCGUUUCUGGUGAAGAGAGCGCUCUCAGCUUGAACGCUAGAAGCGUGGCAGGGCGAGAUACCAAAAUGAGUUCCAUGCUGACCAACGCCAUCAGAAACCUCCCUGCCUCCUCAGCAUGGGCUGCCAGGGUCUUUGCUCGAUCGCUCAGCUGCUCUUCCCAGUUACAGGCCGCAGCAGUCCAGCCUAAGACCAAGAAGACCUUAGCCAAAAGUGGCGUGAAGAACAUCGUUGUGGUAGAGGGCGUCCGAAUUCCGUUUUUGCAGUCUGGCACCACGUAUGCGGAUCUUAUGCCACAUGACUUAGCAAGAGCUGCACUGCAGGGCUUGCUGAACCGGACCAGCGUCCCCCGCGACGUCGUUGAUUACAUCGUUUACGGCACGGUCAUCCAGGAGGUGAAAACCAGUAACGUUGCCAGAGAGGCUGCCCUGGGAGCGGGUUUCUCUGACAAAACGCCGGCCCACACCGUCACCAUGGCCUGCAUUUCUUCAAACCAGGCUAUGACCACAGGCGUGGGUCUGAUCGCGGCUGGACAGUGCGACGUCGUCGUAGCGGGGGGCGUGGAGUUGAUGUCGGACGUUCCCAUCCGGCACAGCAGGAAGAUGAGGAAGACGAUGCUGACCCUGAACCGAGCCAAGACCUUGGGCCAAAAGCUCUCUCUGAUUUCCAAAAUCCGCCCCGACUACUUUGCUCCCGAGCUGCCGGCCGUGGCGGAGUUCUCCACCAGCGAGACCAUGGGGCACUCUGCCGACCGCCUGGCCGCCGCCUUCGCCGUGUCCCGGCAGGAGCAGGAUGAGUACGCGCUCCGGUCGCACACGCUGGCCAAGAAAGCCCAGGACGACGGCUUGCUGCUCGACGUGGUGCCCUUCAAAGUGCCAGGCAAAGAAACAGUAACCAAAGAUAACGGGGUCCGUCCCUCCUCCAUGGAGCAGAUGGGGAAGCUGAAGCCGGCUUUUGUCAAGCCGUACGGAACUGUCACCGCUGCCAACUCCUCCUUCCUGACGGACGGUGCUUCGGCAGUUCUGCUCAUGUCCGAGGAGAAGGCUCUGGCGAUGGGAUACAAACCGAAGGCCUACCUGAGGGACUUUGUGUACGUGUCCCAGGAUCCCAAGGACCAGCUGCUGCUGGGCCCCACGUACGCCACUCCCAAGGUGCUGGAGAAGGCUGGUCUGAGCUUGGCCGACAUCGAUGUCUUCGAAUUCCACGAAGCUUUUGCUGGGCAGAUACUGGCCAACCUGAAAGCGAUGGAUUCCGACUGGUUUGCACAGAACUACAUGGGCAGAAAGUCAAAGGUCGGAGCUCCUCCUCUGGACAAGUUCAACAACUGGGGCGGCUCCCUGUCGCUGGGACAUCCCUUCGGUGCCACCGGCUGCCGGCUGGUCAUCACCGCUGCCCACAGGCUGAAGAAGGAGGGCGGGCAGUACGGGCUGGUCGCUGCCUGUGCUGCGGGAGGGCAGGGCCACGCGAUGAUCGUGGAGCUCUACCCUCAGUAGUGGGACGGGGAGGUGCCGAGCGCUCAGUGUCCUGUGCCUGGCGAUGCCAUUUCAAUGCACUAAUGAAAACACACACACGGUCCUUCUCGGGAAGGAUUUUUGGUGGCCUUUGUAAAUACCCUUUUAGCUACUCAGCUGCUGAUUUUCAACUAAUGAACACGCCCUAAGAAAUAUUCCGCUUCCUGGAGAGUAAACGUUAAAGUGGCUUUUAGUCUCUGCAGGGCCCCUGUAACCUCUCCCAUUUCUGCUCUAACUCUUCAGUAACCAGGAGGAGAAUAAUUGCCAAGUGUGUACAGCGAGUUGAGCUUGGACAGAGGGAGGUUGUGAGGUACUGGAGGUCGGCGGCUGAGACGCGAGUUAACCUGGCCUGGGAGGGAAUCAGGGUUUUCUAAAACACGAAGCGAGUAGCCUGACCUGGUUUGUGAGGAGGACGUUUGCUGCACGGUGCCCAAACAGCAAUGGAAUUAGCAGAUUGCUUCUGACAAGUGAGCGUUGCUGAUGUUAGCCACAAUAAACAGGGAGAAAAAGAAA